CAUUAAACCAUAAUAAUAACAGGUGAAGCUACAGGAUCCAAAAUGUCCUUAUAUUAACUCACCCACCCACCACCAUGCAAUCCAUUGCCUAGCUAACUCAAUCAAUUUUAUUCUCUUUGCCUAGUUACUCUUUCUCCAAGUCCCCAUACUAAAACCAACCAUAGAAGUUCAUGGCAGCUAAUCCCAAUAGACUCUCUCUUGCCAUGGAGAGAACUGGCCAAUGGGUUUUCUCUCAAGAAAUCCCAACUGAUGUUAUAGUUGAAGUUGGAGAAGCCCGUUUCUGCCUCCACAAGUUUAUGCUGGUGGCAAAGAGCAACUACAUCAGAAAACUAAUAAUAGAAUCAGAUGAAAGUGAACUCACCAGAAUAGAUCUCUCUGAUAUACCAGGAGGACCUGGAGUCUUCGAGAAAGCAGCAAAGUUCUGUUAUGGUGUCAACUUCGAGAUAACAGUUCAUAACGUCGCCGUUUUGCGCUGUGCUGCUGAGUUUCUUCAAAUGACUGACCAGUAUUGCGACAAUAACCUCGCCGGCCGGACAGAUGAAUUUCUCUCUAAGGUUGCUUUCUUCACUCUCACAGGCUCUGUCGCCGUUUUGAAGUCUUGCCAGCAUCUUCUCCCCUAUGCCGAUGAGCUCGAUAUAGUUAAACGCUGCAUUGAAGCCACCAGCGCCAAGGCUUGCAGUGAGGCUAAUUUCCCCAGUCGUUCGCCUGCGAACUGGUGGACGGAGGAACUAGCUGUUCUCGACAUUGAUUUCUUCCGGAGAGCCAUCAAUGGUAUGAAGCAGCGUGGAGCCAAGCCUCCAACCAUUGCAAGCGCGCUGAUUACCUACACAGAGCGAUCGCUCCAAGACCUAGUCCGUAAUCACUCCGGCAACGGAAUCCGGUCUUCAGGUUACGACGAUUCAGACUCCAGAUCAAUACAACGAGAUCUUCUAGAGUCAAUUGUUGAUCUCUUUCCCUCCGAGAAAGCGGCUUUCCCAGUAAACUUCCUCUCCUGCCUCCUCCGUUGCGCGAUCCACCUCCGCGCCUCCACCGUCUGCAAAAGCGACCUAGAGAAACGAAUCUCUGCAAUCCUCGAGCAUGUGACAGUUGACGACCUCCUCGUGAUGUCGCUCUCAUACGACGGUGAGAAACUCUUCGAUCUGGAAAGCGUACGCAGAAUCAUAUCUGCAUUCAUGGAUAAGCAAAAAAGCACAGCAGUUUUUACACCAGUAGACCUCAGAGAAUCCUGCUCCGGCACUAUGCAGCGCGUCGCCAAAACCGUCGACAUGUACCUCGCCGAGAUCGCCGCGUACGGCGAACUCACCAUCUCAAAGUUCAACGGAAUCGCCAUUCUUAUUCCUAAACACGCUCGUAAAGUCGACGACGAUCUAUACCGCGCCGUGGAUAUCUAUCUCAAGGCUCACCCGAAGCUAGACGAGAUAGAAAGAGAAAAAGUAUGCAGCGUCAUGGAUCCGUUAAAGCUAUCUUACGAAGCGCGUGUGCAUGCGUCGCAGAAUAAGCGGUUACCGGUGCAGAUUGUGUUACACGCGCUGUACUAUGAUCAGUUGCGGUUGAGGAGUGGACCCGACGAUGAAGAGACUGCCGAGGUGGAGAGGAACCGGUUACAGACGGAUGUGUCGUUGGUGAGGGAGAAUGAGGAGUUACGAUCAGAGCUGACGAAGAUGAAGAUGUACAUUACGGAUAUGCAGCAGAAGAACGUUGCUCAGGUGCAUGGAACGACGUCGUCGCAUUCGAGUAAGAAGACGACGUUCUUUUCUUCUGUGUCGAGGAAGCUGGGAAAAUUGAAUCCGUUCAAGAAUGGGGCUAAGGAUACGACCCAUUUAGAAGAUGGGUCUGUGGAUUUGACUAAGCCCAGAAGAAGAAGGUUCUCUAUUUCUUAAAUGGGCCUGAGAAAGUCCUACAUACUGUAGUUUAUUCAUGCUUGGCUUUUGGGGGUUUUACUUGGUAGCUUUGUGAUGAAUGUUUUUUCUUAUUUUGAUGAUGUGAUUUUGUGAUUUAUGUUGUAUGAUAUUUGUUGAAUAUUCAUAUAGAUCAUAGUUCAGGUUAAUAUUAAUGAGGAGUAAUGCACUGUUCUAGAUCUGAUUAAUGCAACAUCCUUGUUUUUGUUUAUUGCAAUUAAACUUGUUAUGAAAAAUAAAAGAUAUAAAAUGCAUUAGGAACUA